AUGGCAUGGUUGUUAGGGUUCUGGAUUGGUGAUAGUCACAGAAAAGGAGCAGCCUUCGCUUUGCACUCUGGAGAUGAAGAUGUCAACACCAGACUUCGGGAGAAUCCAGAACUUUGGGGUAUGAGUCUCAGAAUCAGGCUUGAGGAGGGUUUUAAGGCAACAGGAUACCUUAACACCUAUAAUGGCACGAUACGUAAUUGGAACAAAAACAACCCGCUAGUUAAGGUGCUGGAAGGAUUAAGAUUCUGGGGAAAUGGCAGAAAAAAUGGCCCGAAGAGCGUUCCUCUAUUCAUGCGAACAGAGCAAAUAGUGGUGCGCGAAGCUUUUCUCGCAGGGUUAAUAGAUUCUGAUGGCUCAUGCAAUAUCCAACACGAAUGUGUUCGUGUGCAAAUUAAGACCGUCUACCCGCCUAUUAGAGACGGUAUAAACUUGAUAGGUCGUUCUCUUGGUUUGACUGUCUCCACCCAUUUCCGUGGCGCUAACUUUAAUGAGCGUAGUGGAUUAAACGAGAGUGAUAAGCGGACUUUCCACUUAUUUGGUGGGACAAAUCAUGAAACACUCAGGUCGAUACCGAACAGAUGCUCCUGUGAAAGGAAGCGAAACCCGAAAGUCCAGUACUCCAGGGACAGAGACUUUGACGAAUUUGAUUCUGAUUACCAAGAGGAAAAUGAAAAUGAUCCUGAGGACAAUGACGUUUUAUCAGGAUAA